AGCUUCUAGCUAGCGCAACCCCCGCUGUCUUUAAAACCUCUUCCCGUGCUUCUAGAGUAACACGUAUCCUAAAAUGUCUUCACCGCUUCUUCUCAGGGCCUUCGUGACCGAGCGCCUGACAGCCGCCGCGGAGGAAAUAUUUCAGGUGUUUGAGAGGACGAUAGCAAAAUACGAGGAAGAAGCGAGCAGCUCCCAGCAGGAGAUCGAGCGACUCAGAGGUCUGCUGCUGGAGUUCAUGACAAACCAGAAAAGAGAUGUUCUUCAGUUGUCUGUUUGUAAAGAGGAGUCACCGCCCGAGCAGGAGCCAUGUGAGCGCACACCGAGCAUCAGCGUCCAUAAGGGCAAUGCAGAGCCUCGACAUAUUAAAGAGGAAGACAGCGAACUCUGGGCUGGUCAGGAGCAAGAUGAAAAACAGGCCGAAGAGUUUCAUGAUGCUGAUGCCUCAUAUCCACCUCACUCUUCUGUUUGGGAGGAAAAUGAGCUAGAGGACACAAAACCAUCUCUCCAACCUGAAGUGCAAAACUGUGAACGUGAUGAGGAGUUUCUGGAGGAGCAGGAAACCAGAACUGCUCAGUUCAUUUUGCCUCUCACAUUGACAUCUUCUUCACAAACACUAGCCCAAAGUGAAAGCGUCCAGGACGGAAGGGAAAGCGAAAGACCUGCUGCUAGUUUUUCAUCAGAACAAACCCAGGCACCCUUUAGCACUUUCAGAGAAUCCACUGAGUUACCUCAUUUUAACACUGCUGCACCUGACUAUCAUUGCCAUUUGUGCAAUAAAUCGUUUUCCUCCAGCCAUCACCUGAUAAAUCAUGCUUUCCACGUGCAUUCAGCAGACGCAGGUGCCAUCUGUGCCGUGUGUGGAAAGAUGUUUGAAUCCACCGAAAGCCUUAACAUGCACCUCAAAUCGCACAAGGGCUCAAAAUGUUGCCACAUGUGCGGCAAGCAGUGCAACAGCACGACCGCACUGACCGAGCACAUGGCGAGCCACGCCGGGGUGAAACUGCAUCGUUGCCACGUGUGUGGGAAAGAGUGCAGCCGCAAAGGGGAUUUAAAGAUACAUAUGAGGAUUCACACGGGCGAGAAGCCUUUCUGCUGCUCCUUUUGUUGCAAAAGUUUCACCCACAGCGGACACCUGAGGAAGCACAUGAGAAGCCACACAGGCGAGAGGCCUCACCGCUGUGGUAUCUGUGGCAGAGGGUUUCUACAGAGUGCACACUUGAAAUAUCACCUGGGGACUCACACUCAGAAAUAUUGACUCAUUCAUCCCCCUGGGCUCAUAUUUAAUAAUGAAAAAUGUUCAAAAGAGACGCCAAACUUUGCUGUAAAGAGCAAGAAGACCCAUUAUAAAGGUGUCAGUAACGUUUAAAGUGGGUCUAAUUUAAUUAUUUUUAGCUCCAUGUUUUUGUUCUUGGGCAUUGCAUGAUUCACAGUUCAAAAUAAUCUUUAUUUAUCCUAUUCUGGUCCUCGGUGCAGCCCACCAGUUCAUCUACUGCCUGAAAAACAUGUUUUUAGGUCCUCUGAGCAGCACCCUUGUAAAAACAAGUCUCUGCACUCAGCAGCAGGUUAUUAUUUUGAGAAAUCGAUUGAAGCAUGAACUAAAUUAACUUGAAUUUUAAUGCUGCAUGUAUAGAAUCACCAGUUAAAUCUCAAAACUAAAUAAAGCACUUUAAAAUGUCCGAUGACUUCCCCUAAAAUACAAGUUAACUCUUUGUUGUUUUGUAGUUUCUCUUUAAUAGCUGCUAUCAGGUGACACUGUGAUUAAUCGUCUGUAUGUUCUGAUGUAUCUGAUUCAUUUUCUUUAAUAAAAGUCACAUGUCACUGAAAGAUGUGUUAUAGAAAACAAAAGUGGAGCAGAAAAUGAAUUCUUAACUUGGGUUUUAAAUAAAAGCGUUUGUUUAUAACAUUGUGACAAGAUGCAUGAAAAGAAAGCUGCAAACCUCUUUUAAAUUUAAACAGUGUAAACAGCUAAAAAGUAAAGUGAAGGAAAAGUAUUUUAACAGUUUGAUGAGCGCAGGCUCUGAGCUUCACACUAUGUUUCUCUUUACUGUUGACAUGACCUCUGAUCCCCACUUUGAGCAAUAACAUUGCCGAUAACGUCCAGUUUGUAAUAAUUGCUUUUAUACAACAGAAUCUGAAUGGUGUUAAAUCAUCAGUUUAUUUUGCUCAGAAAGAACAAACUGGGACACGGUGCACUUUUCCACUCUUAUUUUUCAAGUAAGCAGAUGUUCAGCAGAUGUGCUCUCUGGUACAGCUGCAGCUCGCCUGGUCAUGCAAACUUAAAACACUGUCACACUUUCAGAGUCGUGUGCUGACCUCUUCAUCAACCAAAUCUCUUCUGCUCUUUGAUUCAUUAAUUAUAACCUUUAUUAUUAAAAGUAA